AUGGAGAGACCCAAGAUGAAACGCCCAUCCAUAAUCCUCUCCCGCCUCUCCCGCCUCCGCCCUCUCAACCACCGCCACUCCACAUCCUCCACAUCAACCACAACCCAGCGCCUCACCAAGCUCCUCGACCGUCUCCCUAAGCCUCUACACCCAUACACACAACGCCUGCGCUCCGCGCCCCUCUCGCACAUCCUAUCCUUCCUAAUCCUGCACGAGAUAACUGCUGUAGUGCCGCUGGUCGGGCUGGCGGGGAUGUUUCAUUGGGCGGGGUGGGUGCCUGCUGGGGGGUUUUUGGGUGAGCGGGAGGGGGCGUGGGUUAGGGAGGGGGUUGUGAAGUUUGGGAGGUAUUUUGGGAGGAAGGGGUGGUUUGGUUUUGAUGGUACAGAGGGGAUGGAGGGGAUGGAGAAGCUUGAUGGUGGGGUUGAGGGGACUGGGGUGAGGGGAGAAGGAGAACGGGGAGGGCAGGGGAUGAGGAUAUUGAUCGAGGUUGCGACUGCCUAUGCGAUUACGAAGGUGCUGUUGCCGGUCCGCAUUGUGUUUAGUGUUUGGGCUACGCCUUGGUUUGCGAGGGUUGUCAUGGGAAGGUUUGGGGGGCUGUUUGGGAGGGGAAAGGGGGCAAUAGGGGUUGUGAAGAGGAGUGGUGCUGCUGGGACGAGGGCUACGGGUGGGGGAGUAAUUGGGAAGGGGAAUGGGAAGUUAUAA